CCCUCCUCGUGUGCUGUGCUCCCCGCAGGAGCGGCGGUGCCCGCGGAGCCGCCGCCUCAGCCGUGCCGGGCUCGGAGCCGCUCCCCGCCGCGCUGCUGGCUCAGACCCAAGCCGUGCCAAGGCAGCCUGCUCCAGGACAGCGUGAGGAGGUACCUGCAGCUGCCAGCAGACCAGACAGUGCUCAUCCUGCAUGCCAAGGUGGCUCAGAAGUCCUAUGGCAACGAGAAAAGGUUUUUCUGCCCCCCACCUUGUGUUUACCUGAGCGGGCCAGGAUGGAAGUUAAAGCAGGAGCAGAUAAAAGCCAGGGACCUGGGAGAGGCUGGAUUUCGGGUGUGUGGGUACAUGGGGCUGGACAGCAUGGGCAGCAGCCUGAUGGAGACCCAGAAGCUGAGCUUUGAGGAGCAGCCAGAUGCAAAGGGGUUCAGCUGUGCCAAGGCCCUGUACAUCUCAGACACGGACAAGCGCAAGCAUUUCCGCCUGGUCCUGAAGCUCUUCUUCAGCAACGGGCAGGAGAUCGGCACCUUCCACAGCAAACUCAUCAAGGUCAUCUCCAAACCCUCGCAGAAGAAGCAGUCCCUGAAGAACACGGACCUGUGCAUCUCCUCAGGCUCCAAAGUGUCCCUCUUCAACCGCCUGCGCUCCCAGACCGUCAGCACCCGGUACCUGUCCGUGGAGGGAGGAGCCUUCAUCGCCAGCGCCCGGCAGUGGGCAGCCUUCACCCUCCACCUGGCCGAUGAGCGCUGCAGCCGCAGCGAGUUCCCCCUGCGGGAAGGGUACAUCCGCUAUGGCUCCGUGGUCCAGCUGGUCUGCACGGCCACCGGCGUCACCCUGCCGCCCCUGAUCAUCCGGAAGGUGAUGAAGCAGUACGCCAUGCUGGAUGUGGAUGAGCCCAUCUCCCAGCUGCACAAGUGUGCCUUCCAGCUGCAGGGCAGUGACCGCAUGUACCUGUGCCUCUCCACAGACAAGGUGAUCCAGUUCCAGGCAUCUCCCUGCCCAAAGGAAGCCAACAGGGAGCUGCUGAAUGACGGCUCAUGCUGGACCAUCAUCAGCACAGAGACGGUGGAGUACACGUUCAGCGAGAGCCUGGCGUGCAUCCGCGAGCCUGUCAGCCCCGUGCCCCUCAUCGCUGCCCUGCAGCUCACAGGUGGUGGGGACGUGGCCAUGCUGGAGGUGCAGGGGGAGUAUUUCCAUGCACACCUCAAGGUCUGGUUCGGAGAUGUGGAAGCAGAGACCAUGUACAGGAGCCCCAAGUCCCUGGUGUGUGUGGUCCCUGAUGUCUCUGCCUUCGGCAGCGACUGGAGGUGGCUGCGCUAUCCCAUCACGGUCCCACUCCUGCUCAUCAGGGAUGACGGCCUCAUCUACUCCAGCUCCUUCACAUUCACCUACACCCCGGAGCAGAGCUGCGUCCCAGGGCAGCAGGUCCUCUCUGAUGUUCCCCAGGACUCAGACAAAUUACUGGACAGCAUCCACCAGGAGUUCACCAGGACCAACUUCCACCUCUUCAUGCAGACCUAGCAGGCUGGGCUGGAACAGGCUUGGCCUCCCUGCUGGCCUAGGAAAGGGGAACACUCCUGCAGGGGACAUCUCCAUGCUGGGGAGGCUCAUCCAGGGCUUGGGGUGGCCCUGCCAAAGGGUUCUCCCCACUCACUGAACACACACCAUGCUCCUGUGAUUUACUGAUUUAUCUCUUUCU